AUGCAACCCCAGGCCUGUCCUGGACCAGCCCCACCAACCCUAGGCCUGUCCUGGACCAGCCCCAUGCAACCCCAGGCCUGUCUUGGACCAUUCCCACGCAACCCCAGGCCUGUCUUGGACCAUUCCAACGCAACCCCAGGCCUGCCCUGGACCAUUCCCACGCAACCCCAGGCCUGCCCUGGACCAUUCCCACGCAACCCCAGGCCUGUCCUGGACCAUUCCCACGCAACCCCAGGCCUGUCCUGGACCAUUCCCACCUGCAACCCCAGGCCUGUCCUGGACCAUUCCCACGCAACCCCAGGCCUGUCCUGGACCAUUCCCACGCAACCCCAGGCCUGUCCUGGACCAUUCCCACGCAACCCCAGGCCUGUCCUGGACCAUUCCCACGCAACCCCAGGCCUGUCCUGGACCAUUCCCACGCAACCCCAGGCCUGUCCUGGACCAUUCCCACGCAACCCCAGGCCUGUCCUGGACCAUUCCCACGCAACCCCAGGCCUGUCCUGGACCAUUCCCACGCAACCCCAGGCCUGUCCUGGACCAUUCCCACGCAACCCCAGGCCUGUCCUGGACCAUUCCCACGCAACCCCAGGCCUGUCCUGGACCAUUCCCACGCAACCCCAGGCCUGUCCUGGACCAUUCCCACGCAACCCCAGGCCUGUCCUGGAGGCCUGUCCUGGACCAUUCCCACGCAACCCCAGGCCUGUCCUGGACCAUUCCCAUGCAACUGCCAGUCAUUAG